AUGUCGCUGGCGCUCGCCGUCGGCGUACACGCGACGUGCAAUCCGUUUUGUGAGGACAAGACGCAGGGCUGGGAUAAAAAGUGCGACUGGGGUGGCUGCUACAGCUGCACCGAGUGCUCCGCCCCUGCGCCGGUGUGCAAGCCGUUUUGUGAGGACAAGACGCAGGCUUGGGAUGACAAGUGCACCUGGACGGGCUGCACCGGCUGCACCGAGUGCAUCGUCCCUGAGCCGGUGUGCAAGCCGUUUUGUGAGGACAAGACGCAGGCUUGGGAUGACAAGUGCACCUGGGGGGGCUGCAGCGGCUGCACCGAGUGCUCCGUCCCUGCGCCGGAGAAGACGCAGAACUGGGGUGACAAGUGCUCCUGGGGGGGCUGCAACGGCUGCUCCGAGUGCGGCAUGUGCAAGCCGUUUUGUGAGGACAAGACGCAGGACUGGGGCAACAAGUGCACCUGGGGGGGCUGCAACGGCUGCUCCGAGUGCUUCGUCCCUCCGCCGCCACCGGCAAAUUAG